AACAGAAAGUAGCCUCUUGCCUCUUGCUGUCAUCGCCUUGGAGCCAGGCGGAUAUUGUGGAGCGCUGCGGACACAGAAGUGCAGAAUUCAUCAGGGAUCUGGAAAGUGUGAGAGUGUGGAGGAGGAGUGGAGUAAAGAGGAGAGGAGAGGGAGACUAUCUCCCUCCUUUAACUGGCGGGCUUUUUUGCAGCAUCCUUCCACUUCAUCAUGGAUCUCUGGAGUAAAAAAGUCCAGGGAAUUAUUAUACAGGUCGCCCUGAUACUUUUCAGCUUGUACGGGGCAACAAGAGGGGAAGUGUGUCACAGUCCGCUGGUAUCCAAUCUACUGCCAUCGUCCUUCAGAAGCUCCUCCCAGUUGUCUGGCAGCCAUGGGCCAGGCUUUGCCAAGCUGAACCGGAGAGAAGGAGCUGGAGGGUGGUCUCCUUCGAGUUCAGACAGGUAUCAGUGGUUGGAGGUUGACCUGGGGGAGCGGACACAAAUCACUGCCGUUGCUACGCAAGGCCGCUAUGGGAGCUCUGAUUGGCUGACGGCCUACCUCCUGAUGUUCAGCGACACAGGACACAACUGGAAACAGUAUCGCCAGGAAGAUAGUAUAGGGGCCUUUCCAGGAAACAGUAACGCAGACAGUGUGGUCCAGCACAAGCUCCAACAUACAGUGAUUGCUCGUUAUGUCCGCCUGAUCCCUCUGGACUGGAAUCCCAAUGGUCGGAUUGGACUCAGACUGGAGACCUAUGGAUGUCCUUACAACUCAGACGUCCUGAGCUUUGAUGGUCGUGGCAGCCUUCUCUACUGGUUGAGUCCCAGGCCGAGGCAGAUGACCAGGGAGAGCAUCUCUCUGAAAUUUAAAACCCUGAAGAACUCUGGGAUACUGCUUUACACAGAAGGACAGAGUGAGCACAGCCUCACCCUAGAGUUAAAGAAAGGAAAACUUCUCCUCCUCCUCCGACAAGGGAGGAGUUCUUCUCCCGACAGCCAUCAUCUGGUGUCUCUGGGCAGCCUGUUAGACGACCAACACUGGCACCACAUCGCAGUGGAGCGUCACAGCACUCACCUCAACCUCACCGUGGACAAAAGCACGCUGUGGGCGCAGAUCCCACCGAGACUCACCCACUGGGACUACGACCAGAUGAGAGUGGGAGCAGACCAGGGCCCCAGCUCUCCGAGGUCAGUCGGGUCAAACAAAAAUUUUCACGGCUGUUUGGAAAAUCUUGUUUACAACGGCAUGAAUCUGGUAGACCUUGCCAAACAGAAAGACCAGCGGGUCUCUGUGAAGGGUAAUGUGACCUUUUCUUGUGCUGAACCCGUUUUUGUUGCCAUGACGUUCACCAGUCCCCAGAGCUAUCUCUGGUUGCGAGGGGUGCCAGAAUUGUCAUCAACUGUCACGUCGGUGGGGCUUCAGUUUCAGACGUGGAACAGAGGUGGGCUGCUGCUGACCUUUGUUCUCCCAAAGCAAGGGGGUGCAGUCUGGCUGUACCUGAGCAAAGCCAGGCUCCAUCUGCAGAUCCACAAGUCUGGCAGGUCACCGCUGGAGCUCAGUGCAGGUUCAGCUCUGAAUGAUGGUCAGUGGCACUCUGUGGAGCUGAUCUCCAGACGAGGACAUUUGACUGUCGCUGUGGACGGAGAUGAAGGAGCCUCGUCUCACGCCAGUCCCUCAUUUCUUCUUACCACGGGAAGUCAGCUUUUCUUUGGUGGUUGCCCUGCUGAAGGGAACAGCCAGGAGUGUAUGAACCCUUUCAAGACUUUCCAGGGCUGCAUGCGCCUGCUGACUGUGGACAACCAACAGGUGGACUUGAUUAUGGUGCAGCAGAGGCUGAUGGGAAACUACAGUCACCUGCAGAUUGACAUGUGUGGUAUCAUCGACAGGUGUUCUCAGAGUCACUGUGAACACGGAGGCAGCUGCAGUCAAUCAUGGAGUACCUUUCACUGUAACUGCUCCAGCACCGGCUACAGCGGAGCCACCUGUCACAGCUCUAUAUACGAGCAGUCCUGUGAGGCAUACAAACACAAAGGCAACACAUCGGGUUAUUAUUACAUUGAUGUGGACGGCAGCGGACCCAUCCGACCGCAGCUAAUAUACUGCAACAUGACAGAGGACAAAACAUGGAUAGUGAUCAAGCACAAUAACACAGAGCUGACCAGAGUCCGACCAUUGCCGGGAAAAAAUCAGCACUCAGCUCACUUUGAAUACACAUCUGAGGAGGAGCAGCUGGCUGCCAUUAUUAGCCAAUCAGAGCACUGCGAACAGGAACUGACCUACCACUGCAGGAAGUCACGCCUCCUCAACACACCGGAUGGCCCUCCACUAAGCUGGUGGGUAGGAGGUCCAGGUGUUGGACAGAUGCAGACUUAUUGGGGCGGGGCUGCACCAGGCAGCCAGCAGUGUGUCUGUGGCCUGCAGGAGAAUUGUGUGGACCCCAAACACCACUGCAACUGUGAUGCUGACCGCACCGAAUGUCUUAAAUUCAGCUUCUUCCUCUUCUUCCGCUUCGUCCUCUACCUACCUUCCAGGGCAAAUGACUCAGGCCUGCUGACCCAUAAAGAAACCCUUCCUGUUAGAUCUCUCGUGCUGGGUGAUGUCCACAGGCCUGGCUCAGAAAGCGCCUUCAGGGUGGGGCAUCUCCGUUGCCAUGGAGACAAGAAUGUCUGGAACGCUGCAUUUUUUGACAAAGAGACAUCAUACCUCCACUUUCCCACAUUCCACGGAGAGCUGAGUGCAGAUAUCUCCUUCCUGUUUAAAACCACUUCAUCCUCUGGGGUCUUCCUGGAAAACCUGGGCAUCAAAGACUUCAUUCGGAUCGAACUCAGCUCCUCCACUGAGGUCCUCUUCUCCUUUGACGUGGGUAACGGUCCGUUGGAGGUUCAUGUGAAGUCUGGCGUCCCACUGGAUGACAACAGGUGGCAUCGCAUUCGAGCCGAGCGCAACGUUAAAGAGGCAUCCCUUCGCCUUGACGAGCUCCCUGCUGCCACGCAGGAGGCGCCUGCUGAUGGGCACAUCCACCUGCAGCUCAACAGCCAGUUAUUUAUAGGAGGCACAGCGUCCAGACAGAAGGGCUUUCGGGGUUGUAUUCGCUCUCUGCAGCUGAAUGGCGUCACCCUGGACCUGGAGGAGAGAGCGAAGAUCACCCCCGGGGUUCAGCCGGGAUGUCCAGGCCACUGCAGCAGCUAUGGCUCUCUCUGCCAGAACCAGGGUCGCUGUGUGGAGAGACCCAACAGCUUUUCCUGCGACUGCAGUCCGUCUGCCUACAACGGAGCCUUCUGCGACAGAGAGGUUUCAGCCAGCUUCAAGUUGGGAACUUCAGUCAGCUACACCCUAAAGGAGCCGCUGUCGAACAAGCUGAACAGAAGCAGCAGCACCCUGCCCUCCUCCAUCUACUCUGACAUGACCCUGAGAGCAGAAAACGUCUCUCUGAGCUUCAGGACCAGCCAGAGUCCCGCUCUGCUCCUCUACGUUGACUCCUACCACAGAGAGUACCUGGCUCUGCUGCUCAACAAGCAUGACAAGCUGGAGGUGAGAUACAGACUAGACGGCAGUAAAGAUGCCGAGAUCCUGACGAGCAAAGUGAGGAACCUCGCCAACGGACAGCUGCAUGCUGUUACCAUCAGCAGACUGGCAGAUGCUGUCUCUGUGCAGGUUGACCAGAACACGAAAGAGGACUUCAACCUGACAUCUGAUGUAGAAUUCAAUGCCAUCAGGUCGCUGGUCCUUGGCAGAGUGCAUAACUCUGGGGAGUUAGACCCGGAGUUGUCUCGGCUUGCCACUCUGGGUUUCACGGGAUGUCUGUCUGCUGUUCUCUUUAACUCCAUCAGUCCUCUGAAAGCUGCUCUGCUCCACCCAGGCACCAGUCCUGUCACUGUUACCGGCCCACUGGUCCAGUCCAUUUGUGGCUCCACUUCAGCCAAUCCCUACGCAGCAGAAACCACACACCACCUAUCAGGUCAGUCUGGAUCAGUGGGAACAGGUCAACCUUUAGUGAAUGCCAUCAGGAGUGACUCAGCUUUAAUUGGAGGUGUGAUAGCAGUGGUGAUCUUUGUGACCGUGUCUGCGUCAGCCAUAAUGGCCCGAAUCUUCUACAGGAGGAAAGGGACAUGCCAGAGCCAGGAUGUAAAAACAGUAAAACCUGAAGACAGCCCGGAGCUGGCCUUCAGCGGCUCACAGAACGGUCCGAGCGAAAACCAGAAAGAGUACUUUAUUUAGGCGGAGGUUUGAUCUCCUGCUAACCCAGGAGUGUUGGAGCUGAGGAGAUGGACAGACAGAGAUGCCUUGUCAAGCCUCAGUGCUUUACACUACAGACUGAGCCCAAGCAGUGACUUUACAAGAAAGGAAGACACAAACAGAACUAUUCACUCAUGUUCUGUCUUCUUUGGUUGUGUUUUGUUUUUGCUUCUGUGGUUGUAUUUUUGUAAAGACUGUAUAAAGAUGCCCAAGAAGAAAGUGUUGAAUUUAUAAUAUGUCAAUACUCUCAGUAGAAGAAUUGUAAAUAUUUAAUGAUGUAAAUCUUACAAUGAUGACUUUAUAUCAACCAGUCCUUUCUCUGUCCUAUUGAAAUGUUUGAAAUGAUUAAAUGGGGAACUGUAUUUUUCAUGGAACUGUUGGAAUGAAAGUUACAACAGCUUUGUUGGGUUUGGGGUCAUUUAAAUACAUUUUCUGACAUGGAUAAUGUCUGAAAAUAGAUGGAAUUGUGACAUAAUUAAGUGAGUCUAGUUAAUUAAAUUUACAGUUGUUUUCAUGGUUUUUGUUGUUUUGUUUGUUUGCUCCUACUGUAUGACCUGUGGGUAAGCAAAAUGUGUCAGUUGACAUUGAACAUUUUCCAUUUUCUCAGUCUUCUCUUAAAGUCUCUGCAUUUUAUUCGCCAUGAUUCUCUUUCAUUACAUUACAGCUUGAAGCAAAGCUUAGCUGAUAUAUUAUUUUUAUAUUUAUUUUGAAUUGAUAUCUUCUUUCUGUGCCUUUCCUGCUUCCAACUCUCAGUGUAGUUCUGAAUAGUUAAGGUAUUGUGACAGACACAGUUGCUGUUUUUAUUGUGGACUACCACGAUAUUCCAGCCUUUCUGUACCCAACAUCAUUCCAACUAAAACAUUUUAUUUGUCAAAUUUUCCGAGAAGCAAAACAUAUAGGAAAGUGUGAAAAUAAAAAUCAUGUAGUUUAAGCUGAAGGAGAGCAAAGGAUUUCAUUGAAACUGACUGUACUCAUUCAGGUGUUAUUCAGAUCUAACCGGUCGAGCAACCAAACAGACACAAAGUAAGAAUCAAUGUGUGUUUCUGCUAGAUUUUUUUUUCAAGUAUAUUUUUUGGGCUUUUAUUGCCUUUAUUAUAGUGACAGCUGAAGACAGACAGGAAAGGGGGGCAGAGAGUGGGGAUGACACGGAGCAAAGGGCUGCAGGUCGGAUUCAAACCCUGGGCCGCUGUAGCAAGGACUCAGCCUCCGUACAUGGGCGCCCGUGUUUCUGCUAGAUUUUAAGCAAAGGACUGGAUGUUUAAGUUUGAAAAUGUUUUUAUGAAUUGUAUUAUUGAUAUAAGGCACAUCUUCAUCACAGGGUUCAUUGCAGGAACACUUUCAUAGUGAGGUAAAAAUCUUCAUAAAAUGCCCCAAAUAGUCAAUAAACUGCCAAUUGAACAAACCUGAUGUCUAAAAGUUGAAAAAUAAGUAACGUGAUGAAUAUCUUAACCAUUCUAGCAUGGUAUGCCUGGAAGGGAGACAGGGAAUGCUUAGCUUUCUACCAAUCCACCAUACAAACAUGCUCUGAAUAUAAAAACCAGUAAUAUGAUCAGCUUCAGCCUGGUGGUGCAGUACAUUAUGACAAAGCCCUAUCAUCUGUAAAACUAAUACAUACACAAAGUGAGGAGCUGCUUUAUACAGUGUGAACAGUACUGUUACUGAAUGUCACUUUACAUUUCUGGUUUAGGUGGAAGAGGUUCUCUUCUGGCUGUACAUCACUUUAAAACUAUAACAACAUAAUGAUCUUGACAGUAUGAUGGGUAAUUACAAUUAAUUGACUUUCUGUAAGAUUUUAACUUGUACAGAUAUUUUAGUAAGAAACACAAUUCUGUUCAGUGAAAAUAAAACAUUUUAUCUUUUUCUGAG